CGUAUGGGGAUGACACUGUAUAUCAUUCGUACUUAUUUUCAGGGAGUUCUGAGAGUUCACGUCAUCGAAGCAAAGAAUUUGUUGAAAAAAGACAUAACAUUUACUUGCAAGGGAACAUCCGAUCCGUAUACUCUGCUUGUCGUGGGAGAACAGACGUAUAAAACUGAAACUGUAGAGUGUUCAGUGAAUCCAAAAUGGGAUUACUGGUGCGAGUUCAUUAUACUCGAAUCAACUGGACAAGAACUCCAUAUCGAUGUCUGGGAUGAGGAUCCUACCGAAGAUGAGUUUCUGGGAAGGGUUUUAGUGGACAUCGCGUAUCUAAUCAAAACAGGACAAAGCGACUUGUGGUUGAACUUAGAAGAUGUGAAACAUGGAAUGAUACAUAUCAGGACCACUUGGCUCACCCUAACUACAGAUUACAACGACUUAAAAGCGGCUAUUUAUGAAAGUCAACAGCUUCAACUAGCCUAUAUGAGUUCCGCCUUGCUUAUUGUUUUUAUCGAUUCAGCUUCAAAUUUGAGGCAAGUGAGAGUUUCCACAAAACCAGAUCCCUUCGUCCAGCUUCAACUGGGAAGACAAUUUAAACAUACCAACGCCAUUAUGAGGACCGCCAACCCAGUAUGGGAAGAAAGUUUCAUUUUUUUAGUGGGUAAUCCUGAUUCUGAUUACUUGAACUUGAAGAUAAUUGAUUCGAAAACAGGAACCGAACUCAAUGAAAUCAACUAUAAUCUCAGCCUUCUUUCCAAUAAGGAUAAUUUGGAAGUUGUGAAAGAACCAAUUCGAUUAGAAAGUGGAAGAAAUGAUUGCAAGUUGAUCUGGUCACUUCAUUUAAAG